AUGCCAUACAAGCAACCACAACGCAUAGAUCAAAAUCCAUUGCUUCCCAGUGCGCAUUGGGGCAAGCGCAGUCAACCACAGCGCGGGUCAGGUCAUCAUCAGGAUCGUCAACCAUUCCAGCAGGGUCCAGCUACUGAGCGUGACCGUAGCGAGCAGCAACGACAGCCUGGUGUGCAAGAAGAGGCAAGCACGCGGACACGCUCAACGCAUGAGCCCGAUGAUCUGGAUCUAGGACCCCCCAUGCUGCCGAUUGAUAUUGAAGAAUCUGGUUCGAUGAUCUGGUCUGAGGAACGACAUUGUUGGGAGCCCGUUCUAGAGCCUGAAGAAGUAGUCGACGAUGAAAAUACAGGCACCAGGAUUGGACAUUGUGGUCACGAGUGUCGAAGGUCAGCUGCUUGUCCGUACAACCAGCCACCUAGCAGCCUCGAUCGGCAACGCAUUCCGGAAGGUGCUGAGGUCGAAUACACCAGCUUGCCAAGAAGGAUCGCAGAAACCCGACCCUCUAGUUAUGCUGAAUGUCCAAUUGACGCAUCACGUGUCGAGGAUAAUGAAGAUGCAUAUGAUGGCGACUUUGAGGAUUACAGACCAUGUCGACAUGAGUCACGGUCCCCCAACGCCAAAGAAGUCGACAAAUGUGCAUCACCACAGGUUGCACGUCUGGCGAGGAUGGACGGAAAGGCUCAGGACAAGACGACCGCCGAACGCAUGUUGAAACGCCACACAGAAGGAGUAGCAGAACGCGGAAGGCACCAAACUCCACGAGAUCUGCUGUUCAAUGGCGGUAUAGCACGAACUUCAAGCGUCGAAUCACCUAAUUUUCCUCCACGGGCGUUGCGUGUACUCAUGGACGAUCCUGAUUAUGGCCAUCUCAUUGCUGGAAGGAACGCUGCUAGAUAUCUGCACCUCCGUACACGAUCUGACAAGCUUCUGUAUCCUUUGAUCGAGCAGAUGGUGGAGGAGAUCGAAGGAGAGCUACUGGAUCUAGUGGACACUUUUCAGGCUCGCUGGCACGGAGAGCUUGGCUUCAGUUAUAUGGAAAGUGACUUAUACCCGAGAGCCAGUGGCGACGCGAUGACGAGCGCCGAGCAAGCAAUGGUCCUCCGUAGGGAUGAGAAUGCACGCAAAGAACUGGAGCAGAAGGUCAGAAGCAGCAUGCAGAAUGCAGGCCUGGACGUGUCGGCUGCCAGACAACCAGCCAGCGCAGCAAAAAGUUCCUCGUCCAGCAUACCUCCGCAGGAACUGCCAGACACAUUCCGGAGAAAGCCUGUGUCGAUGAGCUCGUCUAGCCAGCCGGUAUUCACUGCUCCCAAUGUCCAUUCAGAGGUACAUGCUGAUGAGGCUGGCGGAAAUUGUUCCAGGAGUGGAUGGCCGUCGCAACCUCAGCGCCUUAUUACAAACAUCGAGGAAAUCAAGGUUCCCCAGGCCUCGCGGGUAAGAUGGGCGGAUGAGCUGGGAUUGGAAUCUCCAUAUAUCUGCAGCGAUCCAGCUCGCAAGCAAGCUUUCCUAGUGAGAAGAGUUCGGGAUCGCGCUGAUACACUGUCAAGCGGAACUAUAAGGCAAGAAUGUGAGAGCGAAGGAGUACAGAAUGCUGGUCCAAGCACGCUCGAAUCAAGAAGUCAUGACAGUCCAGCUCGAGAUGCAUCUCCUAGGCCCGAAGUCAAGGGACGUAUUGACUUAAGCAAUUUUGUGACAAGCGCGCGAAAGCGGUGGUUCUGA